UCCAAGCAAACAACAGCCUAAACACGUGGUUGUUAGCUGGAAUGGUCACGUGUAUUGUGCGCAAUGGAAGACGGAGUUAUUUGGUUAAGCCGCUAUUGAAUGUAUGAUAUUCGUGAUCUGAAGUACUGAGGGAAGAAGAAAUGGCAAACAGGGAGAUGGAUCCAGACCUUGCAAGGCACUUAUUUUUUGAAGGUGCCACAAUGGUAAUUUUGGAUGUCCCUGAAGGAACAGAGUUUGGCAUAGAUUGUAAUACAUGGGACGUGGGUCCAAAGUUUAAGGGGGUGAAGAUGAUCCCUCCUGGUGUCCAUUUCAUACACUGCAGUUCUGCUGAUCGUGGCAAUGUCAAUGAAACAGGACCACGGACUGGUAUCUUUCUGAAUCUGAAACAACGUGACGUGUUGGUCAUGCACUGGAACCCUGUAGAAGAGGACCUUGACCUGACCCGGGCUUCUGAAGAAGAAGUCGAAAGGAUAAGAGCUAACUUGAAAGACCUGGACAAAUUCUUGGGGCCCUAUCCGUAUGAUACUCUAAAGAAAUGGGUUUCCCUUACCAACCUCCUCACUGAGUCUGUGGUAAAUAAACUUCUACCAGAAAAUGGGAAGAUCUGUUCAUUUGCUGAAGUCCUCCCGAUAAAUGCUUUAAGGCAUACCAAGGAUCGGGAAGAGCAGAACCUGCUUCCCUAUGACACAGAGUGCAAAACCUAUCAAGAAGGAAUGGCUAGACUGCCCAAAAUGAAACUAAAGGCAGGAACUGAGAUCAGGUUUACCAAAGUGCCUAAAAAGAUGUACCCAGAUGGAGCUACUCCGGCUGAGAUAACAAAGUAUAGCAUGGACUUAAGUUAUGCCCUGGAGAUUAUAAUAAAUCAGCAGUACUCUGAGCACCCACGGGAUAUACUUGCUGAGUUGCAGUUUGCCUUUGUGUGCUUUUUGAUUGGAAAUGUCUACGAUGCAUUUGAACACUGGAAACAACUACUGAGGCUUCUGUGCCGCUCAGAAGAAGCCAUAGGGAAGUACACAGACAUCUACAUCAGCCUUAUUACUGUGCUGUACCACCAGCUAAGUGAAAUACCAGCUGAUUUCUUUGUAGACAUUGUCUCCAAGAACAACUUCUUAACGUCUACAUUACGGGAGUUUUUCUCGUAUGCUUGCAGCCCUACGGCAGAUGGAACUCUGAGGAAAAAGGCAGUGAAGUUUAAAGCCUAUUUAACAAAGAAGUUCAAGUGGGAUUUUGAAGCCGAUGUAGAGGACUGUGCUCCAGUGGUAGUCGAGCUUCCGGAAGGAGCGACAUUGGAAUGAGAAAACAGAGUUCUUUAUUUCUGUGUUAAAAUAUGCAAACUGUUACCAGACUGAAUUGGUGAAGUGCAUGUACUUAGAACCGUUUGUAAAUAGAAACAAAAGGGAGGGAAUAGUGCCUUGCUGGAAAUGUGUAAAUUAUUCAGUUUUAUUGAACGUGCUUAAUUUUGUUUAGGAAGAGCUGACUUUACUGAUGAUAACUUGAGUUUGUUUUCUUUGUAUCUGGUUAGUAAGCAACAUUUCUACUUACAAUAACACAAUAUUAAAAUUUGGACCUGUUGUCUGGAACCUAUUGGCGAGUUAAACAUAGGUGCACAACACAUAAUAGAAUAGCCUGGGUGUGAUGGUUCAAGUCCCAGUUUAAAGUACGUUUGGCUACGUAAUAACAGUUCAAAAACGUAAUUUUACAAUGAAGCAUAUUUAAACAGUGAGAACCCUCUGAAUCAAAAGUUAAAUCAGAACCAGUCCGACCUGCCUUUUAGGUUAAGUGCUAAAUUGCAAGGAUAUGAAACAGGCAAGGCGAUUUGAAAGUCCCCAGAUACUGUUCUGUGCAUUAGCCGUAGCUAAUGCUUAUUUACAAAACUGGCUAUUUGGUUUACAGUUACCACCAGCAUGCACUUUUUAGAAGAUUGGUCGUAUUGUCUAUAUUUAAGAAAUUGUCCUAGGCUAUAUUUACAGGUAGUGGCAUUUCUAAUUAUUUUGUUUUAAGGAGAACCGCACCAGCAUAUUAAAAAAAAAAUGUUUAUUUCAUUAUGUUUUGAUGUUUCCUAUAUUUUAACACCACUCUAGGACUAUUUACGCUUUUUUAAAUAUUUUUAUACAUAAUUUCAGGAUCUGACUACAUGGGUUCUAGCAUCUUGAAGUGAUUUUUAUUUUUUUACUCAUCCUCUCAGUAUCCCCCAAUGUGGCGUUUGUCCUUAAAAUAUUACAUCAUGCAGGCGUCUUUGUUCCAAAGCUGCUGUCACUGCAUUGAUUUUACAUGCAGUGGUAGCCUUGUCGCCUCACAGCAAGAGGUUCUCCCAUUUGAUUCUCGGCUGGAGUGUCUUCUGUGUG